AUGUCGUCUCACCUUAUAUCACCCACCAACCUUCAGUUGGUGGCCGCCGGCGGCGAUCCGGUGCCGCUGGCGCUGGUAGAGGGGACGCCGCUGCACGUGCGUGAAUGUCCGGAGCCAGUCUCAGCUCGAGCGAUUGUGUACUGGCUUCGUCUUCAGGAUGUCUCGGAGUCCCACCAUUCUGAUGAGGUCCACCUACGGUGCGGUAUUCAUGGAGCCUUUGGCUCAUCAGAAUGCAGAGAUAUACUCCAAAGGAUAUAUCCACAGAGUUGGGAAAGGGGACCAAGGAAGAGCUAUAUUUCGACAUUUCCCGCAUAUCGUCAGCAAUUUGAGGAUCGUCAGAGCAAGAGGAUCAUUGGAACUGGCCAUCGCCGUAGAGGAUCCUCGUCCCUCUACGUUCUUGACUACUUACACCUUCCUUCAGCUUCCACCGCUUCCGUGAUUCCGUCUGCUGCAUCAACAAGGAGAUCCACUUUGUCGUUUUCUUUUGCCCAGUGGCACCAUCAUUUAGGUCACCUAUGUGGUUCUCGUUUAUCCACUCUUGUUCAACAGGGUGUUUUGGGUCGUGUACCUAUAGGUGUUGGUUUCCACUGUAAGGGUUGUAAGCUAGGGAAACAAAUACAACUUCCAUACUCUUCCAGCACUACUCAUUCUAGUCAUCCUUUCGAUUUAGUGCACUCUGAUGUAUGGGGUCCCUCUCCCUUUGUUUCCAAAGGUGGUCACAAACAUUAUGUUAUAUUUGUUGAUGAUCACUCCCGAUAUACUUGGGUAUAUUUUAUGAAGCAUCGUUCUCAAUUGAUUUCUAUAUACCAAGGUUUUGUGCGUAUGAUCCGUGCUCAAUUCUCUAGUGCUAUUCGUGUUUUUCGUUCUGACUCUGGAGGGGAGUAUCUAUCUACUGCUUUUCGUGAGUUUCUCUCUUCUGAGGGUACUCUCCCUCAGCUCUCAUGUCCUGGUGCUCAUGCUCAGAAUGGUGUUGCUGAGCAUGACAUGUUGAUCACUGGAGAUGAUGUUGGGUAUAUUGCUUUUGUUAAAAAGAAGUUGAGUGAGCAAUUCAAGAUGUCAGAUUUGGGGCCUCUCAGUUAUUUUCUAGGAAUUGAGAUCGAGCACACAGAUGAUGUUGCGUCCUACUGA